UAUAUUGCAGAAGGAAGCCAGAUUCAAAAACUCAAAUAACUAAGGAUACUCCAUUUUUCUAACAGCUUGCAGGCAUUAUUCCAUGCCCACGUCAUCGUCUACCAAGCGUGUUCUGAGAAGCACGAACGUCGACAAAAAAUCCGCAGAGACCAACGACUGUGACGAURAGCCCUCUCAACUCCCGCCRCCAUCAACUCCCGCCGUCGCAAGUGGUGACGCCCUAAAAACAAGAAACCGGCAGUUACGACGAUUAUCAUCCCUGUUUCUCCGGUGGUCUUUUGUUGUUGGAUGCUUGCGAUUACGACGAGUUUCUGGAGUUCCGGCGAGUCCCCAUGUGGGUGAUUUGGCCUGUUAUGUUGACCAGACACCGGAAUAUGCAAUUUCAUGAACUGUAUCACAGUGUUUCACAGUGUAUCACAGUGUAUCACAGUGUAUCCGGUAGUUUUAUUUUAUGAACUGUAUCACAAUAUGCAAUUUCA